CUGUGUUACUCAGUCUCGAAUGAAUGCCUUGUUUGUGUGCGCUUGGGGUUGUUGGGGCUCGGUUACUGGUGAUCAUUUGUAUAUUUUUGUUUCCGGGGUUGGCUAAAUGGAAUGUGAGUGAGUGAGACGAGCAACUUGAAAAAAAAGAAAGAAAACAAAUAAAGGAAAAACAAAAAGCUGUUACUAUUGUGUUUUUUUGCCUUUCUGUUGAAAGAAUCAAGAACAGAAAAAAAAAUGGGCGGGGGGGGGGGGGUAAUUAGACUUGGCCAAUCAAUAGCAGCUGAACUCCUGGUAUGCAUGGUGGAUUCCCCCCCUUUGUUUGACAGGUCAGUGGUUCACUCCAGUUUAGCUGGAAGGCAUUUGAUUCUGUGCGAGCUUGUUAUUUAGGUCUGUUACUGCACAGACCAGGAUCUAAUAGAGAGAGCGAGAGCGAGAGCGAGAGAGAGAGAGAGAGAGAGAGAGAGAGAGAGAGAGAGAGAGAGAGAGAGAGAUAUGGUGGGGGGGGGGGACGAGACGGAAAUUCAAAGAGCUGACAAGUCAGAGCUCUUUACACGUCCCUUUUAAAAGCCAAUCUCCGCGCUUGAAAGUCAGUCCACUUCGUAAGACAGUACGAGGAUAUCGGUGAAGAAGAUCAAAGAAUCGCCGUUGCGGACUUUCACGGGAGCGUUUUUUUUUUUUUUUUUUUUUACCGAUUUAUGUGACUGUUUCAAACUUGGACCAUGUUUGACUGUAUGGAAGCCUUCGGGAUAGCCCCUCGGCAGCUGUAUGACGUCACGAACCGGGGCGCCUGCAUGCUGCGGAAAUCAAGUCCUUGUUUUGGGGGGCUAGACCCCUUCACCUGGGCUGGGACGGCCAGCAUUCAGUCGGUGGAGACCCAGAGUACCAGUUCAGAAGAGAUGGUGCCCAGCUCUCCCUCUCCCCCUCCUCCACCUCGGGUGUACAAGCCCUGCUUUGUGUGCCAAGACAAGUCCUCUGGGUACCACUAUGGCGUGAGCUCCUGUGAAGGCUGCAAGGGCUUUUUCCGCCGGAGUAUCCAGAAGAACAUGGUGUACACCUGCCACCGUGAUAAAAACUGCCAAAUCAACAAGGUGACGCGGAACCGCUGCCAGUACUGCCGCCUGCAGAAGUGCUUUGAAGUUGGCAUGUCAAAGGAAGCGGUCCGCAACGACAGGAAUAAGAAAAAGAAGGAAAUCAAGGAGGAGCCGGUAAUCCAGGAGAGCUACGAGAUGACUUCCGAGCUGGAGGAGCUUGUCCAGAAGGUCAGCAAGGCACAUCAGGAGACCUUCCCAUCCUUGUGCCAGCUGGGCAAAUACACAACGAACUCCAGUGCUGAUCAUCGUGUGCAGCUUGAUCUGGGCCUUUGGGAUAAAUUCAGCGAACUGUCCACCAAAUGCAUCAUCAAGAUCGUGGAGUUUGCAAAGAGGCUGCCAGGAUUCACCACCCUGACAAUCGCUGACCAGAUCACCCUGCUGAAGGCGGCCUGCCUCGACAUUCUGAUGCUGAGGAUCUGCACUCGGUACACUCCGGAGCAGGACACCAUGACCUUCUCGGACGGCUUGACCUUGAACCGCACUCAGAUGCACAACGCUGGAUUUGGGCCCCUCACAGACCUGGUCUUUGCCUUUGCUGGACAACUCCUGCCCCUGGAGAUGGACGAUACGGAAACGGGACUCCUCAGUGCCAUCUGCCUCAUCUGUGGAGAUCGGAUGGAUCUAGAAGAACCACAGAAGGUGGACAAACUUCAGGAGCCCCUACUGGAGGCACUUAAGGUGUACGCACGGCGCAGACGCCCCAACAAACCGCACAUGUUUCCACGAAUGCUUAUGAAAAUUACCGAUCUGCGAGGGAUCAGCACUAAAGGCGCGGAGCGGGCCAUCACCCUCAAGAUGGAAAUCCCAGGUCCGAUGCCCCCGCUAAUUCGGGAGAUGCUGGAGAACCCGGAGGCUUUCGAGGAAGAGGAAGUCGAAAAGGAGAGUGAGGAGAAGAAAGCGGUCGCCAAAUGCAAGACAGAGCGCAACGGGGAUGCACAGGACCCCGACAGGGGCGAUGACGAGGAGAGCAGCAGCGACGAGGAAGUCCAAAGGGUCGCACCACCAAGGGACGGUGCCAACCGGAGCAGGAAUGUACGAGAGUCGGCCGAGCUGCAGCGACAGUAAUGAGGGGUAGGGAAGCUGGACACCAUUCCAGGGCACAGGGCUGUCCGCCCGUGGAAAGGAACCACGCAAAAUAAAUAAUUAAUUAAAUAAAUAAAAAGACAAAAAAAAAGGAAAAAGCGCAGCCCUUGUCUAAAACUUGACUGGGAGGGCCAAUCACACGACUCGCUCUUACAACAAACUCGGGUUGGGCAAUAAUGGACAAUAAGAUGGCUGGACACGCUGGUCAUUUUAAGAGAAUCGCCAUUCCUGCUGGUGGACCCGGAGUACAACCGGAUGGCGGAUGCCGUUCCUCGCUUUAUUGCCAAAACAUGCGCUCUGGUUUUCUGGACCAAAACGCGUGGCCGGAGUACAAGUUGCACCCCCAGCAGACUUUCUCUUCUAAACUUUCCAGUGCGGUAUAGCCUAUCGUUUCUAUUGUUUUGUCCAGCAGUGCAAUGCUUCAACAAGCCACUGGGUGGUGCUGGGAUACUUAUUAUUAUAAUUAUCGUUAUUUUUUUUUUUUAAUCGAAAGAUGGAUGAUCGUUCUUUUUCUACAGUGUUUCUUUUCAUCGAUUUGUGCUUCUGUGUGCGCGUGCGAGCGCGUGUGUGUGACGUGUUGUUGCUAUGGAGACGCGACGCACAUGCAGACACGCGGGCACGUUUUUGUUUGGAAAAAAAAAAAAAAAAAGUCCAGAUCCUUUUAUAUCGUCUGGAUGGACAUCUGAAGGGCAGCUUAGUGCCUCAGGACUCCGAACUUUUAUUUCUGGUGCUCUCCAAGCCUGCACCCCCCCCCCCCCACUACAGCCCAGUAAGCGCCAUCUUAGCCCUCCAGAAACCAGCGACCGACAAAAGUGGCGCACUGAAGUCCAGUUGCCCGAUCUGGUGAGCCGCGUUUUUUAAUUUGCUGGGAACGGAUUGAAUACCAAAACAGCAACUGGCAGCGCUUAACGGACCAAAUAGUCUCUACCGCAUAGGCUCAAUUGGGCACACUUAUGAUGACCGGUCACUGUAGCCAGCAAGUGCCUACAUGGCAGUGUCCACCACAAAGUAGCAGUGGCAACUGAAAAUGCUCAGGAAAAUUGUGGGGAACUCCAAAUGGAGGGAUCGUAGCAGCACUCGGGAGAUAUUGUGCCGAUGUUAAAGGCACUAUAAAGCAGAACCAGAGCUCCAUCAGUGGACCCAGUGUAAACCGAGACUCAUCUGAAGCUUAACCCGUAUGCCAGUGUGGUGGAACCCUGCAGCCAAAAAAAAAAGUAACAGUGCCAAUCAGUUGGCAGCAGCUAUAGGAGCGCCCAGAACAUCAUGACUGGCACCACAGUCAGUCAUUUCAACUUGGACCCGACUGCAACCCAACAGCAUUGACUGGCACCCCACCCUCUGAAGACUAAACACUGCAAAAAUCCUUAGCGGAGCUGGAAGACGCUAUAAAAUGGCUUAAAGCAACUAGGAACGAUCUGGAAACCACUUCACAGAGCAGUGCCCACAAGAAGUGACUGGCAGGAUAGCUUGGUAGUGACCAACAUGCAAUGACUCUGACUGGCACUCCAGGGGAAAAACGAUACCAAUUUGAGCACCCAGCAGGGCACUAUAAAGCCACGGCAGUUUCUGGGUGCCUUUUGUGCAGAUCUCAUUAUUGUGACUUGAGGUCUUUUUACAAAGACUGGCCUACUUAUUUUCGGAAUGUGCCUUAUCAGUCUUCAGGACAUGCCUGCCCGCUUGUCUAUGUGCCAUGUGCCAGGCUAGGUGGCCGCCCACCUGUUCCGUCUGUCCCUUGUUUACAUUGGCCUCACUGGGUAUGACACGCGUACUGCCCAUUUGCUCUUUUGCGGAGCUGGGGCCCAUCUUCACCACUCAGGAAUCAGAGGUGGCAAACGGGUGAGGAGGAGCCUGGUGGAGGAAGCCUCUUAGGGGGAGCUUGGCGGCCUCAAACGAAAUGGGAAUUUUAAAAAAAAAAAAACUUUUUGAUGAUGACACGGGACAAGUAGGAAGAAAUGGGGGCUUGGGGCUUUGUCCCGAAUUCCGCUAAAGUAACGGAUCGGCUCAGAUGAACAAUGGAAAGGUGCGAUACCAACUCAUGGAAGCUUUAUGGAGACAUCCUGCUGGCAAGUUCAACCAUCGUGAAGCAAUCCUGAUGGACUCGGUGCCCACGUUGCCUUUUUUUUUUUUUUUUUGGAAUGACGAUCAGCACUCGUUUGACUUUUUUGAUCCUUGUUUCAUUUUGAAAAGCACCUCAUACAUAAACCAGUUUGCUUUAAGCAAAGGUCUGGCAGACACCAAGCCGGACGUGCGCAUGCGUGGGUACUAUGCAGUACACGCGCCGGGGGGUUUAUGUGUUAGUAAAUGGAGAGUCGGGCACUAAAGAGCACAGGACCACCUUGCCGGCGAGAAGCACAAGCUGACGGCAGAAUCUUAACAAAAAAAAAGUAUUUCAAUUUUAAAAACUCAAUAAGCCAGAGCCAGGCUGGAGGUGCGUGAGGAGAGGGUAGGUGGGCGGCUUGAUUUAUUGCUGUUUUGAUCUGGAAAAAUGAAAAAAGAAAAAAGAAA